AUGUCCUUCCUCCGCCGACACUCCGACUCAAUCCCAUCUCCCUUCCCACAAUACCUCCACGCAACCGCCCCCUUCCGCCGCAAAUCGCGCCAAUCCAGCACAGACAGCAACGACAGCACCUUCUCCACAUCCUCGACCGCCUCAACCCUGACCAACAAUAGCAUCCACGCCAGCAGCAGCAACAACCCGUUCCAUCGCUCUCCAACGCCCGUUCCCGCCGCUCUCGUCACCAACUUCGCAAUAAGUCCACCGUCUCCGGACUCCAAAUUCCUCUCCGGCCACACCUCCCGCAUCCACUGCGCAAAAUGCUCCACAGACCUCUGCCUCUCCUCCCAAAUCAUCUCCAAGGGCUUCGUUGGGCGGCACGGCCGCGCCUACCUCGUCCAGGGAACACCCUCGCAUAUCUACACAUCCACGGCGAACUUACCAAACACAUACCAGGAGAAGGCCGUGCCUAGAAAUCUGGUGACGGGGCAGCAUAUGGUGAGCAAUGUGAGCUGUGCGAUCUGUGGGGUUUGUGUCGGGUGGAAGUAUGUGGCGGCGAGUGAGGAGGGUCAGAGAUAUAAAGUCGGGAAGUAUAUUUUGGAGACGAAGAGGGUGCGGGUUGGUGUUGGGUGGGAGAAUUGGGAUGAGGACGACGAUAUUGAAGAGCUAUUGCCGUUGCCGCCAGAUCAGUUGAGAAGCCUCGAUGGAUUGGGGCGUGGCGGAGGAGGAGGUGGUGGUGCCGGCAUCUAUGCAAAGAACCGGAGCAGGAACUCCUCACGCAGCCCUGCACGAACACGAAGUCCCAGUCCCAGUGGCGUGAAGAGGGGCACAGCGAAGAAUCUGGAAGAUAUUGAAUUCGAUUCGCAGGAUGAGGAUGAAUGCGAGGAUUUAUUUUCGGGUGUAUGGAGCCCGCAGCUUGCGAUCAAACGCCGGCAGGAGAGGGACAGUCGGAUCAUGAACAAGAAGGCUGCUAUUGAGAUGUACCGGAGCAGGAACGCAAGUGAGGAUACGCUUGGCUCGAGGUGA